GGCUGGGAGGAUGGGCUAGGGAGGAUGUACGGACUUAAGGUCUCGAUCCAAAGCCUCCAACUCUGCGAUAGAGUAAAAAAGUUAAAAGUUAAAUACCUCGUGGAAACGUUAAAGAGCUCAGAUACUUCAAGAGACUCUUUUUGGGGGAAUAAAAACGAAGCGUGUUGCAUUGGCCGGGAAUCGAACCCGGGCCUCCCGCGUGGCAGGCGAGAAUUCUACCACUGAACCACCAAUGCAUGUGAUAAAUGGCGCCCGGUGACUCUACCAGAGCUUGUAAGAGGCUCAAGCCCCCACUGUCAAGCCGACUUUGUAGGCAAGAGGCCGGGCGAAGGAGUGGCCCCGAGUAGCUGAAGUGGGUGGAGCACCAAGGCAUCCUUCCUCUAUCUGGGAUCCGGCCAUCCGACCAUAAAGUCGCCCCAUAUGGCAAGGGGCGGCCCCACACCCGGGUGCGAACAGCCCGGGGCCCCCAAGCCUCGCGUGCAGGCAUUUUGUCCUGAAGUCUCCGAGUGUUCACGCAUCAUCCUGCAGAGAGGGUCAUGGUCUUGGUUUGAGAUGCUGAAACCGCUUGUGGAGAAGCGGCGUCGGGACCGCAUCAACCGCAGCCUGGAAGAGCUGAGGCUGCUGCUCCUGGAACGAACCCGUGACCAGAACCUCCGGAACCCGAAGUUGGAGAAGGCAGAGAUACUGGAGUUCGCCGUGGGCUACUUGAGGGAACGAAGCCGGGUGGAGCCCCCGGGGGUUCCCCGGUCCCCAGCCCAGGACGCCGAGGCGCUCGCCAGCUGCUACUUGUCCGGCUUUCGCGAGUGCCUGCUUCGCCUGGCGGCCUUCGCGCACGACGCCAGCCCGGCGGCCCGUGCCCAGCUCUUUUCCGCUCUGCACGGCUACCUGCGCCCCAAGCCGCCCCGGCCGGAACCGGUAGAUCCGAGGCCCCAAGCGUCGCGCCCACCGCUGGACCCCGCCGCCCCGCCGCCUGGCCCCGCGCUGCACCAGCGCCCCCCAGUGCAUCAGGGCACCCCUAGUCCUCGCUGCGCCUGGUCCCCGUCCCCUUGCUCUCCCCGCGUCGGGGAUUCCGGCGAGCCGGCGCCCCUCACCGGACUGCUGCCGCCGCCACCGCCGCCUCACAGACAAGACGGGGCUCCCAAGGCCCCGCCGCCCCCACCGCCCGCUUUCUGGAGACCUUGGCCCUAAGCUUUGGGGGGUGGGGGCGGGGGCUGGGGGUAGGGUAGAGACUCCAGCCUGAGGGCAGCAGAGGGACCCGGGCGUCAGGGCGAGGAGGUGUUGGGGAGGGCGGCGGGGCGCGCGGGCGCAGCGCGCGGGUGAGAUGUGGUCUAUAUUAGAGUAUCUAUAUAAAUAUAUAUUUCCCUGGUUCCUGUCCCUUUUCCCUGCCCCCAUUGCGUCUAGGAUUGUACCCUCUCUACCCCUGGCCUAGCGCCAGUCCUUUCUCGAGUCCCUAGUGCAUGGAAUAAAGUGGUUAUUAAAUCCCGGUGUGUCCCCGAGCCAGGGGCCUGCCUUUAUCUCGGCGUCCACGCCCAUUUUCCCUCCCCUUCUGUCUCCCGCCCCCCAGUCCUGCUCUCCAUGGCCCAAGCCUCGGGGCAGACAGGUAAGUAAAGAAGCAGCGGAGACUGAGGUUGGAACUGAAAACUGGUGGAAAACACAGAGAUAGGGUAGAGGGAGAAGGAAUGGGAGCCUGUAAGAAAAAGCCGGAUAAAAAGGAAAGGGCGGGGGGGAAAGUUUAAAUAAAACCGACUCUGGUGGGAUUCGAACCCACAACCUUUGAAUCGCUCUCUCGUCACUAGAAGUCCAAUGCGCUAUCCAUUGCGCCACAGAGCCACCUGGCGGGCGGAGGCAUCUGACGGCUUACGGGUACUAGCAUGGGAAAAAAGGGGUGGGAGAGGGGUGGAGAAGUGGGAAGGGGAGUGAGGGAAUUGGGCGGGCGUGCCAAGAGUGCGUGGUUUGGAUUUCAGAGGCCUGCCUCACAGAGGUAGUGGGCAGGUGAACCAGGUGGGAGUGCGGGCGCUCAUGGGUAUACGAAACAGGGAGAGAGUAACCGAAUAUGAGCGAAAGGGCGAGUACAGAGCUCCGGCUGCCCGUUUGGGAGAUGUUUCCAGCCCAGGUGCACCUUCCUCCCAAAUGUUGCCCCACCCAUCCAAAUAAACUCGUUCGUUGUAAAUU